AUGAAGACGUGUCACACGGUCGUGGGCUUGGGGAACCCAGGGAUGGGCAGCACACGGCACAGUGUCGGUAUGGCGGUUGUAGCAGCCCUGUCCGGCCGGCUCGGCGUGUCGGAGAGUUGGCGCGGUGACAGACACGUUUCCGGGGAGGUGGCGCUCUGUGAGCUCGGCGACACGCAGCUGGUCCUGCUAAGACCCCGUGUGCUGAUGAAUCUCAAUGGUAUCAGCGUGGCCAAGGCUGCUGCCAAGUUCCAUAUCCAGCCGGAGCACAUCCUUUUGGUCCACGACGAGUUGGACAAACCACUUGGGAAGUUCUCCUUGAAGAAAGGGGGUAGUGCCAGGGGUCAUAACGGUGUAAAAUCCUGCGUGGAGUGCCUUCAAACAAACGUGAUGCCCAGGCUGCUUAUUGGGAUUGGCCGGCCAGCAGAGAAGGCACUGGUGAAUCAUCAUGUCUUGGGACGGUUCUCCAGGGAGGAACAGAAAGUUCUGAGCAAUGUACUGGAGCAGAGUGUGGACUUACUUCUCUCCCAGCUUACAACCACAGAUCUGCAAAAUUUCCCAAAACAAGUCAACAGCGGCCACGUUAAGAGGAAAGAUGUGUGUGUGCAGCAUUCAUCAUUACCACCAGGGGGCACAAAGAGCUCUGUUCCCCAAACAGACCUUGAACUGCAUUGUUCACCUCUGGCUUUGCAAAUCUGUGAAAACCCAGCCAACAGAACAGAAACGGCUUUGCAGUGUUCAUCUCCCACAGAGCAACAGGAAGGCCUAGCAAACAGGACCGAACUAGAGCUGCCAAGUUCAAAAUGUCCAGAGGACAAAAGCACAACACAAACAUGAACCUGAGGAAACCAUGUGACUAAAAAACAUUCUGGUUUGUGUCUGAUGAACACUUAA